CACAUACAACGCGCAUCGCCGCACGCCUGUUGCUCAGAACACUCGUAUCGUAAAUUGUACUCGAAAUUGACCUUCAUUGCGCGGAUUGAUUGCAGGCGAAUUUCGUGAAUCGGAACGCAUAUUAGUUUCAUUUUUUUUUAUUUCGGUUUAGCAGUAAAAAUGUGAUUUUUAAAGAGUGUAGCUUUAUUUAAUUGUGUAUUAGUGUACGAUUGGAUUUUCUACAGGAAAAUAUUAGUAACUGAUUGCUGCUUACCAAAACAUUAGGCAUUUAAAAUGAUUAUUUCCACUUUCUGCGUCUUGACGCUGACGAUGGUAGCGCGCGCGCUGCGCGUCGGCGUCGGGAUAGCGGACGUCACCGGCCCGCCCGCAGAGAUUGCCUUCAUGGGUUACGCUCACUUUCAACAAAUAGGGCAUGGCAUCCACUUACGGCAGUUUUCGCGAGCAUUUGUGCUGGCUGAUGACACCGGGAACAGCUCACAGAGGAUCGUGUUCGUCACUGUGGAUGCUCCGAUGAUGGGCCACGGCGUUAGAAAAGAGAUAAUAAAGCGUCUCCAAAAGCGCUUCGGUGAUAUCUACAGCGAAAACAACGUUAUUAUAAGUGGGACUCAUUCGCAUUCGACCCCGGGAGGGUUUCUCAUGGACUUCCUGUUCGACCUGCCUAUCCUUGGCUUUGUCAAGGAAACCUAUGUCAGUUACAUUGCCGGGAUAUUCAAGAGUAUAGUAAUGGCUCACAACAAUUUGACGCCAGCGCGGAUGGAGUACGGCGAGGCAGAGCUACUGGACGCGAACAUCAACAGGUCACCCACCUCUUAUUUGCGGAAUCCAACUGAAGAGAGAGCUAAAUAUAAAUAUGACACCGACAAAACGUUAUCUCAGGUUCGUUUCCUGGCGCCCGACAGCCGCAUCAUAGGGGUGAUCAACUGGUUCGCGGUGCACCCCACCAGCAUGAACAACACCAAUAAGCUGAUAUCCUCGGACAACGUUGGCUAUGCUUCUAUCCUGAUGGAGAAAGCAUUAAAUGGCAAUGGGACAUAUCCUGGAAAGGGUCGCAUAGUCUGCGCGUUCGCAUCCACAAACCUCGGUGACGUGUCCCCCAACACUCGUGGUCCUCGUUGCAGCAUCUCCGGCAAAGUCUGCGACCAGGAGAAGCUGCUAUGCAAGCUACCUGGCGAAGAGUGCUUCGCAUCUGGCCCGGGGCGAGACAUGUUCGAGAGCACGCAGAUCAUCGCCACUAAGAUGUUUGAGACGGCUAUGGAAGUGCUGAAACAACCAGGGGAAGACCUGACGGGACCAAUCGGCAUCGUGCAUCAGUACGUGGACAUGCCAAACCAGACCGCAAAACCAUAUGAUCCUGUUACAGAAACCUUUAACGCCAGUGCGACGGUAUCCGGUUGUCUCCCGGCCAUGGGUUACAGCUUCGCGGCGGGCACGACGGACGGGCCGGGCGCCUUCGACUUCAAGCAGGGCACCACCACUAGCAACCCGCUGUGGAACGCCGUGCGUGACUUCAUCGCGGAGCCCACGGACGAAGACAUCAAGUGCCAGGCGCCAAAACCCAUCCUGCUGGCUACGGGACGGGCAAAAUUCCCCUACGAGUGGCAACCCAAGAUAGUAUCGUGCAGUGUUGCUCGCAUCGGCGGCUUGUUCCUGGCCGCCGUGCCGGGCGAGUUCACCACCAUGUCGGGGCGGCGCCUGCGGCGAGUCGUGCAGCGGGCCGCGGGCGGGGGGAGGGCUGUGUUGGCUGGCCUGGCAAAUAUCUACUCGGAUUAUAUUGCCACGCCUGAGGAGUAUCAGGCGCAACGGUAUGAAGCCGCUUCAACAAUUUUUGGCCCGCACACGCUUGACAUCUACCUCAAUAAGUAUGUAGAGCUGACUGAAGCUUUGGUCAAGGGUGUGACACUGGAACCGGGUCCACAGCCGCCGGACUUCAGCGACCAGCUCAUCACGCUCGUGCCGCCCGUGCUGUGGGACGCCGCGCCCUGGGGCAAGGAGUUCGGAGACUGCACGAAACAACCGCAGACCGAGUACAGCUAUGGAGAUAUUGUCACCGCACUGUUUGUAUCCGGUCAUCCCCGGAACAACAUUCGCCACGGGAGCUGGUAUGCGACGGUGGAGAGACUUGAGUCCGAAGCAGAUGACGCCUGGACGGUAGUUGCCACAGACGCCGAUUGGGAGACCAAAUACAUCUGGCACCGCAACAACAAGGUGCUGGGCACCAGCCACUCGGAAGUCCAGUGGCACAUCCCCGAGGGCAUGCCGCCCGGCACCUACCGCCUGCACCACUACGGCAGCUACAAGUACAUCCUCGGCGGCAUCUACCCCUACCACGGCUUUUCCAACAGCUUCCAAGUCAGAUAGCUGCCGGUGCUCAUUAGUCCAUUUUAAAUUCUCUAUUAUUUUACAAAUCGUAUAGUCAUUUCCGUGUCUUAUGUCGAAAUCAAAGAGUUAUUGAUUGUAGAAGAGAGGUAACUAAUCUACAAAAUGUUCUGUAUGUUUGACAGCCGAUGUAGAUGGCGCUCUAAAGCGGCAUGUAUUUUAUGGUAGUUCAACUACCAAAUGUCAACUUCUCUACUAGAGUUACCGCAUAACGCAUAAUGCUCGGAACCGUAUAGCGUACCGUCAAAUUAGAAGCAUGAUUUUGCUUAGACUUUACACAUCUUAUAAAUACAAUCAAUGAAUCUUUGGUAAAAAUGCAGUCAUAUAAAUAAGUGGCACGGGAGUUAUGUGUUUAAUUAUGAUAAUUGUUAUACAAUAAACCAAUAUGUUGAAUACAAAUAUGUAUGUAAAUACCAAAGCAGAUGUAAUAGAUAAUUAAGGAGCCUUAAGGUCAUCCGCUAGCUGGCGUGGUUGCACGGAGCGGGUGAGCGGAUUAACGAAAAGUAGUAUGAGCAACGCUAUUAUAACUGGUGCGGACGCAUGCAACGGAUUUUACCUCCCGCUCCGUGCACCCUCGCCAGCUAGCGAACGCCCUAACAAAUAUUGGUUCCAUCCGGCAGAAAAAACUUGCCACUAAGUAGAUAGUUGUAAUUUAAAAAGAAAUUGAUUUAUGUUUUUCUUACCGUUAUUUUUAAGAUAAUAGCUACCUACAGGGUAGAUAGAACACUUUCACAGGCUUUUCGAAAUAUUAUAUGUAUAAUACAUAUAUUACUUAAGUGUCGUGUACCUACUUUCAGUCGAUCAUUAAAUU